UUCGCGCACCGGACGCGUGUGCGAGUGCGUGUGUGGGGGGUUUUUCCCUGGGUCUGGAUGUGCGGGUCAGCGGCUCUGUACAACCCCGGCCGGCAGGGGAUUCCGACGGAGUGGUACGGACAUCGCCGACAGAGACGACAGAGACGCAAACACUGACCAUGCCCUUGAAACACAGUCUUAUGACUUAAAAGACCUUAAUCGGCGACUCAAGAGGUAGAGACGGCCAUACGGAGUGAAAGGGGAAACGGAGAGGGAGCAGGGAAGAGUCAGGAAAACUUGGGAGUACUACACACUGCUGAUCAGGAAUUCAGACCGCCCCGCGAUGCGUCGGCUGAUGUUGACUUCGCUCCUCGUCUGCCUCUGGCUUGCCGAGAAGGGACAAGGCGACCUCCAGGAUAUACUGGGGCAGCUCCACACUGAGUUUGCCGUGCGGCUCUACAGACAGUUAGCGGAGACCGAGAACAACUCCAACUUAAUCGUGUCCCCAGCAAGUGUUGCCGUGUCUCUGGGACUGUUACAGCUCGGAUCCCGCGGAAACACCUUGGCCCAGCUGGAAACUGCGUUGGGCUACAAUGUUAAUGAUCUCGGGGUACGAGGCUUUUUGCUCCGGAUGCAGGAGGACAUGACUAACUCCAGCCACAGCACCCAGGUACUGCUGGCAUGUGCGCUCUUUGUGCACAGGGACGUGCAGCUCUCUCCUGCCUUCGCCCGGCACGGCUCGGCCUGGGCCAACAGCACCGUGCAACAAGCCAACUUCACCCGGCCCAACCAGAGCCGAGAGCAGAUCAACCUGUGGGUCAGCGCCCACACUGCAGGGGAAAUUCGGAACCUGCUGUCAUGUGACCUGACAGGGUGGGGCGUGAGGCAGAUGGCUCUGGUCACUGCCAUGUUCUUCAGGGGCACCUGGCAGAGACAGUUCCUGCUCAGCGAGACUCAGAGCCUGCCCUUCUCCCUCGCCGAUGGCUCCACGGUGAAAGUACCCAUGAUGCACCAGAUGACCGACGUGAACUUUGGGCAGUUCCACACUCCAACAGAGUACAGGUAUGCAGUGGUCGAGCUGUUUUACCUGGGGGAUGCAGUCAGCCUGUUUGUGGUCCUGCCCACCGAGAGAAAAACGCCUCUCUCCCUGAUAGAGCCACAUGUCAGCGCGCAUACGGUCAUGCUGUGGACAGCGAGUCUCAGGAGGACCAAGAUAGACAUCUUCCUGCCAAGAUUUAAAAUUCAGAAUAAUUUGAACUUAAAGUCAGUCUUACCAGCGUUCGGCGUUUCUGAUGUCUUCGAUCCAACCGUGGCCAAUUUCAAAGGGAUUUCAGGUAGAGACAGCCUGUACGUGUCCGAGGCCACUCAUGAAGCAAAAAUUGAAGUCACUGAAGUGGGAACCAAAGCAGCAGCAGCCACAGCUAUGGUGCUACUAAAGCGAUCGCGUGCUCCUGUAUUCAAAGCAGACCGCCCAUUCCUCUUCUUCCUGCGACAGUCCAGUACAGGAUCCAUACUUUUCAUGGGCCGAGUCCUCAACCCACUUGAGCUGGCGCCCUGAGAUCCCCACCCAGCUCUGCAGACCUCAGCGUGCCUGCAGCUGGUAUUUACUGCAGACCCACCGGAGGUUAACCGUGUCAGCACAGCAAGAAGAGGAACAAUAUUGUGUACAUAAUUGUAAAUAAAAUUUGAAUACCUU